CAAGUCCAUCCAGACAUCAACACAGAGUCUGUCUCUCAACCCGGAUAGUUUCAGCUCGCGGACGACGGCCAAUGCAGCCACUUCUGACGCUUGCAAGGAUGUACUUGACCCCGCCCUUGAAAGAUACCGCGCUCUCCUGUUCUGGAUUCCUGCGGACGCCAGAGUGAGUGUGAGCGGAGACAGCGUGGUAGGCAGUCUGCGUGUGUCCAUUACGGGCACAUGCACCAAGUACCCAAGCCUCGAUUCGGACGAGUCUUACAGCCUUGAAGUUCCCUCCAGUGGAGAAGCGACGCUUUCUGCCCAAACCGCAUGGGGCGCUCUCAGAGGUCUAGAGACCUUCAGCCAGCUGGUUUAUGAAGUUGAUGGAAAGCACAAGCUGAAUGUGACAACUAUCAACGAUGAGCCGAGAUUCCCACACCGGGGCGUCAUGUUGGACACGGCUAGACACUUCCUACCUGUGCCCUAUAUCAAGCAGAAUCUGGACGCCAUGUCUUAUAACAAGAUCAACGUGUUCCAUUGGCACAUUGUGGACGAUCAGUCGUUCCCCUUUCAAAGUAGAACCUAUCCAGACCUCAGUGGAAAGGUACAAAACACUCCCAUUACUUUGUCCACUAGCAAUGAAAUACUAUGUUUGUCUUUUCAAGAGCUUUGGCAUACUUAUUACCACUCGAUUUUGGUAAAUUCUGACGGAGCAACGCUUCUGGCACAAACCGCAUGGGGCGCUCUUAGGGGGCUGGAAACAUUCAGCCAACUGAUAUACGGAGAGAACGGCAAGCAUGUGAUCAACGGGACGAGCAUCAGUGAUUCUCCCAGGUUUCCACACAGAGGCAUCAUGAUAGACACCGCCAGGCACUACCUCCCUCUGCCUUUCAUUCUGCGCCACCUGGACGCCAUGGCUUACAACAAGAUGAAUGUGCUCCACUGGCACAUCGUGGACGAUCAGGCCUUUCCCUUCCAAAGUACCACAUUUCCAGAUCUCAGCGGAAAGGGUGCAUACACUAGGAAGCACGUUUACACACCAGAUGACGUCAGCCAAGUCCUUGAGUUUGCGCGCCUGCGCGGAAUCAGGGUCAUCCCAGAAUUUGAUACCCCUGGUCACAUGAUGUCUUGGGGUCAAGGUCAUCCGGAAAUUCUGACCAGGUGCUACCCUACGAGUUUCCAACCAGACAUCUAUCAUCUUGGCCCAGCCAACCCAGCCCGGGAAACUACCUACACCUUCAUGAGGAAGCUGUUCGAGGAGAUCCGACAGCUUUUCGCGGACGAAUAUUUCCAUGUGGGCGGUGAUGAGGUCCGCUUCCAAUGCUGGAACAGUAAUGAAGAAGUACACCAAUUCAUGGUACAGCAGGGGUUUCCCAAUAGUACGCAAGGGUUUGCUGAUCUCCAAGGGUACUACAUACGUAGGAUACUUGAAAUCCUUCAUCAGGUUCCUGAGACGACCAGAGGGAUUGUCUGGCAGGAGAUCUUUGACAACUUCGAGAUCACUGGAGACCUCACGGGUUUGAAUCUGGACACGAUCAUCCAUGUGUGGGAGUGGAACGACACAAGGUACCAAGGGGAACCAUUCCGUGAGGAGAUGGCCAAGGUUACCGCAGCCGGGUACAAAGCCAUUCUGUCAUCCUGCUAUUACCUCAACGACAUCAGCUACGGGCGGGACUGGCCGCAGUACUAUGAAUGUGACCCACACGACUUUCAAGGGACGGAGGCACAGAAGCAACUGGUCAUGGGUGGAGAAGCUUGCCUAUGGGCUGAAUGGGUAGAUUCUACAAAUUUUAUUCCUCGGAUGUGGCCCCGUGCUAGUGCUGUAGCAGAGCGGCUGUGGAGCCCACAGGACGUGGCAGACAGUGAAGCAGCGUCACCUAGGAUGGAGGAGCAGAGGUGCAGGAUGGUCAGGCGAGGCAUCCCUGCCCAACCCCAGGGCCCCAGCUACUGUGAGUACGAGUGGAACAUCCUCAGCCAGCUUCCCAACUACCGUCCGGUCAUCACCUCAUCCGGGCUGCGUGUGACGGAAGGACUGUUUCAUAUCAUGUUCCUCGACGUCUUGGUCCUGGCAGUGGUCAAGUGUUUGGCCUAGACAUGUUUUGAGCGUAGCCAUCAUUUCGUUAUUACGAACUGGAUUGGUAUAAUAAAGUGCAUAGCCAAUUAGAUACUUUGCCUCACAAUUUAUGGGCUGAUGGAAUCAAACGAAAUCCCAAUCUCUGUGUGCAGUAGUAUGGUGCUUGUAAUGCAAAGUACUUGUUGUCGCGUGCUCAUGAUUUCAGAAAUCUCCACGAUCUCUCUCAGUCAGUAGAAUGCUAACCUUGCUGUUGAUUUUCAGUCCAUAAUGGUUUGUUCAUGAAUAUCAACCCAAUUCAAUAGCUGACUAGAAUUUAAGUUGAACUUUCAACGGAGGCAAAUCAUAUAUGUGAGCCAAAAGUCAAGACGACAGGCCUGACGUGUGCACAGACACGAUUUUGAAAUAAAGGUCACUAGGGGUUGC